AUGGGUUCUUUGCAUGAGGUUGAGGCAUUCAUCCUGCUUGGCCUAGCUCACCUCAGCGCUCUUAACAAACUGGCUUUGGGCUUUACACUUCUAACUCUCAUGUUGGCAUUAACUGCGCUUCUGUUCACACACAGUCAAUUCAACAAUCAGAAACUUGUUCCAAAUGUCUUCGUUGUAGGAGGGGAUGAUGCACAGAGCAUCAAGGCAAACCGAGAGCGUUUUCGUACACAAGCCAAAGAAAUGCUUGAGGAAGGAUACAAUAGGACUGGAGGCGGUUUCUUUUACGUUCCAAGCCCACUCGGGGAGCGGCUCAUGAUACCGACAAAAUACUUAGAGGAGCUGAAAACAGCCCCAAUUGAUCACGUUGAUUUCGUUGCUACUUUCAUUGAAGUGAGUUGCAAUCAUACUUUCCCUCGGUUCCGAGUUUGUUUUGGAAAUAUUAACAGAACCGACGAGAUGUUUGAAGGAAAGUAUACAACCAUGGGAAGCCGCUCAACUCUGCAUCCUCGGGUUGUGAAAGGCCAACUCAAUCACCAUCUAGCCGAAAUCAUGCCAGCAGUCCAGCAAGAAAUUCGCGACGCUUUCUGCGACGUAUUUCCAACUUGUGUAGACUGGACACCUAUUCCAGUUGUGGAUUCUCUGACUCGAAUUGUGGCAAGAGUGUCCAGCUGCAUGUUUGGUGGCACAGAAUUGUCCCGUAACAAAGAAUGGGUUGAGUCAUCUAUAAGCUUUGCAAUUGAUGGCUUCAUUGCCGCACAGAAGCUCAAAGGUUACCCUGAGUUUUUAAAGCCGAUUGUAGCACGAUUUAUUCCGGAGAUCCAAAAGAUCGCAGGACACUAUGCCGCUGCCGAAGCAGCAGCUAUUCCAUUACUUGAGGCACGACGACGCACUGGGGAAGCAGCGGCCGAUCUUUUAUUUUGGAUGGAAAAACAAGCCAUAAACGAAGAGCAUGAUUUGAAGUUUCUGGCUAGCAUUCUCCUCAAAGUGAGUUUUGCUGCAAUACAUACAAGCGCGGCAGCACCUGCUCAGCUGGUUUACGACUUGUGCGAGAGACCUGAGUAUAUUGAACCGUUGCGGGAAGAAAUUCGCAGUGUUGCCGACUGUGAUGGGUUCAUCGACAAAUCUGGGUUCCUUGGCAUGACAAAAAUGGAUAGUUUCAUGAAGGAAAGCCAACGAUUCAAUCCUCUUCUCCUCAUUACUUUCGAGAGAGUUGUCCACCGACCAUUCACCCUGUCAUCGGGAUUUACGAUCCCAGCUCACACCACUAUUGGUAUUCCAACACAGGCAAUUACUAUGGAUAAGUUGCUUUAUCCAAGUCCCGAAACCUUUGAUCCAUUUCGCUUCUCUAAGCUUAGAAAGGAGCAACCAGAAAUGGAUGGCCGCGCUCAGUACGUUUCGUCAAACUCAUCCUCAUUAAGCUUCGGAUACGGUAGGCACGCUUGUCCAGGACGUUUUUUCGCGGCACAGGAGAUCAAAGCCAUAAUGGCUUUUCUCUUGCAGAAUUUCGAUAUGCGGUUUGCCUCAGGUCAGAGUCGCCCAAAAAGCAUACGCGUGGAAACACAGUUUCUUCCGGAUCCAAUGGCAACAGUGGAAUUCAGAAGACGGCAACGAUAA